CAUAUAUAUAUAUAUAUUCGUAUAUAUUGUCCGUGUUUAUUUUUUUAACUAGUAAAUCACAAAAAAAAGCCACAGAAUUGUAAAGGCUGUAGUUUUAAUAUUUUUACUAUAUAAUUAAUGCUGUAGAAUUUUUGUUGUUGAUGUAGAUUUUUUUGCUACAGAUUUUUUAUUGUAAUUUUUUUGCUGUAGUUUUUUUCCUUUUAAAGCAUGAUUGGUAUAAAAUAGCUGUAAAUGUUAUAUACAUAUUCUAACUCUGAUUAAAUGAAAAUCAAAAUCAAAUUGAUAAAUAUUAAUCCAUGUCAAACUAUUUUUUAAAGAUUUUCACACAUUAAUAAAACAUAUUAAAUUUUGAUUAUAAAUACAUCAUUUUAUGAUUAAUUAUUUUCCAGAACUUUUCGCCAAUAAAAAUUUAAUAAACACAAUUAUUGUUUUCAAAGUUUACAACUUAUCAUUAUUAUCUAAUAAAAAUAUAUUAAAAUUUUAGAAAUGUGUUUUUGAAACAGUUUCUUUUCUAAAACAUGGAUCAUUUUAAAAUAGAGGGAAUAGUAAUCAGUCACAUUUUAUGAACUGAUUAAUUAUUAUAGAAACAUUGUAUGUUUCUUUUUUGUAAAUGAAUAUAAUUGUUAAGUAUCAUAUAUAAUCAACAUAUGUGAGAUGUUAUUUAUACGUAUGAAAUUUAUAGUAUAUAUAUUACGUGUAUUUUAGAAAGAAAAUAAAACGUUUGGUAGGAAAGAGAAAAUUAUUGUUCAAAGCACUUGACGAAGUGCUCUGGAGAACUUGAUCUCUAAAGCCAUAAACUGAAAUAAAAGCUAGUUAUGGCUGUGAGUUUUCAAAUGUAAAUUAAUGUAUGAUUGCUUUGAAUUUUUGGCUGUGGAGAAAAUUUGGAACGUGGACAACACUCAGCUCUCACCAAUCAUCUUCUAGAUAUGCUCGAUUGAAACAUCAUUUGCUUUCAUUUUUGGUUAAAAAUAAACACUAAUAGAAAAUAUAAUAUAUUUUUUGAAUUUUGACUAGUAUUGCAUAAAAAUAGUAGUACUUGAUUUUAUCUAAAAUUCGUGUUUCUGAAAAAAAGUGAUUUAUCCAAUUUGGUAACGGAAUAUUGAUUCUGUAAAUCUUGACCAGCAUCGCUACCAAGACCAGACUUGCCCCAUACACACUAUAAAUGUAUGGAAUACAUAUGGCUAAAUGCCUAAAUACUAUCGCAAACUUUGAAACUCUAAACCAACACGUGAAGAUGAAGAACGUUUCUCUCAAGCUUCCACUCUUGAUUUUCAUUUUGGUCAUCACAUCUAAUUUUGGAGCGGAAGCAAGAGAGUUAACUGAAGUUGAACUUAUGGCCGGAAGUUCAAGUGACGCUACCAUAGCCAAUACUCUGGAUCCAGCACAUCCACCUUGCCAGAGGGACAUCGAUUGUACCUUCAAAUGUCCCAAGGGAGGAUUCUGCAACGAUCCCCUUGGAUUAUGUGAUUGUUCGUGAUCAUUAUUCUAAAUCUAUUUUUCACUUUUAAAAGGAAAACGUAUUGCCAUAAAUUCUCUAGGCUUUUAUUUUAACACUCACUAGGGUAAGAUCUGCGCCUUGCGAGGCACAUGGUAAAUUUAUAUGAAAAUUAUUUAAGAAAUAUCGUAUGAAAAAAAUUUAUAUUAUUGAUCAAAUUAAUAUAUUUGGCUCUUAGACAAAUUUUUAAAACUUUUUUGUUAAUUACAUAAUUUGUUUACUAAUGAACUGAUCA